AUGAAUACGGAGCCGAACUUCGUGUUUGCCAAUGCCGACUACGACCAGGAGAGGAUCGAGACUGCAAGCCGACUCGGAGAGGCCCAAUCAAUUCAACGUCCAGACUUCGUCUUCGUCAACUUUGACUGCGAUGAGGACGAGCAUCAGAAGAGGACCUCCCGCAAGGUCGUGCGCUCCCAGGCCACUGCAUACAGUCACCGCGUCGCUCCCCGAGGCACCGCCAAGCAAGAGGUAGCCUUGCGGAGGUUGCGUAGCGCCGAAGACAGCAGCAAUGGGCCGUCUAGAAGACCUUCCGUCACUUCCACCCUCUCCUCGACCACGUCUACAUCGGGAAAGCGGAGACGGGGUUCGCCGCUACAUCAACAACACACCUCACUGGUUGCCGGUACCGCAAACAUCUCCCGCAAACGCGCUGCUCUGCCUGUGAGACGAGGACGGGCGCGGGCUUCUUCUAUCCAGAGCAAUCGUAGCAGUCGAUCCCUUUCGCCAGGUGCCUUCGAAUAUGCAUUGCCUGACCCUGCCUUUCUCGAUGCUAGCAUGCGAGAUCCUUUCGACACGCAACCCGUACGUCAUAGAGACUGGUAUGGCAAAUUGAUAUCCUUUUGGUACAACGUCGUCUUCGCGCGAAGCAUAAGAGUCUUGAAAGCAACAAAGAGUGAACUGGACGAGUAUACGAUUUGGUCAAGACGCCAAGAGCUCCAAGGUGUGUGUAUCAUGCAUGACUUCGCUCGAGAAGAGUAGACAUCUGACCUGUCUUUAAGAGCCUGCGCUGUUCUACUCUGCUCUGUUCCUGGCAAGCGGCAUCCCGGUCGCUGAAGGCCUCUUCCCCGUCGAAGCCGCUCUAUGGCUGCGAUACAAAACCGUAGAGGCCAUGAAAGAAGCCGUUGCCGAUCCCGAGAGGUCCCUGAGCACGCCCGUCAUCCUCGCGGUGGGUCGCAUCGCUCUCCACGAGCACAUCUAUGGCAAUCGUCAGCUCGCGCACGGCGUGCAUAGGCCGGUACAGAAACGGUAAGGCAAGGUUCCUGAAAAAAAAGCCGGGCCACGUAAUGAAUGAAUGCUAACUAACGUUCGAGCAGAAUGAUCAGCCUACGCGGCGGGUUGGCAAACAUGGGACUUCCGAACACCACCGUGCAACUCAUCGUCUGGACGGAUGCCCUCUUGAGUGCCGAAGCGGGAACCGAACCCUACUUCGCCGACGUUCCCCGACAACUCGCCAUUCGAUCGUAUUCGGCGCAGGAAGCUAUGCAUGUCACCAACCAUUGUUCGCCGAAGCGAUUGGAGCAUCCUGGGUAUGGAAAGGGAGCCGAGACACCUGAAUACUCCGCCUACAACGACCAGACAGGAUAG